GCCACUCUGGCGCGCGAGCUCCUCUCUCUACGAACAUGUGUGUGCGCGCACGCGUGUGCUCUGCUGUUGCUGCCCUUUGAUCCCUGCAUUAGUGUUAGUUAGGGGCUCGGAGACACACACUUACAGAGAGCAGCCAUAGUCAAGACACGGCAACAACAACAACAGCACCUCCUCCUCUACUCUUCCCUAUUCCCAACAAUACACUUAACCGAGGACAGCCAGGUGCACAAGUCCCUGCCAGCAGGCUCCCUCGCGAAAUUUCAAUGGGAAAAGACCUUUUUUCUUCUUAUACCUAAACAAGAAGGAGAAUGUGAUAAAAGGGGGAAAAUGCCAAGGAGGAAACAGGAGCAACCCAAGCGCCUGCCUUCACAUGUGGACACGGUAGAUGAUGGAGGGCCAGAAGGUGGCUCAGUAGAGGAGGACAGCUGGUUUGGGAAUACCUCUGACAGCCCCUCUGAAUCGUCCUACGGUGAUGUGCAGGAUGAGCUUCGGGUUUCCCCGGACAGUGUCCCCAGACUGGACAUCGACACCUCAGCCGACAGCUCCCUGGGAUGUCCCACACCAGUUCAGCGGGUCUCCCUGGAGCUGCUUGGUCUGGAUGGUGGGGUCCUCUCCACCCAGGAUGCUCUGUCCUCAGUGGUGUCUUCUCUUUAUGGAGAUUCCAGCCAGGCCCUUGGCAAGCCGCUCAGCAGCAACCUGAGGCGUCUGCUGGAGGCUGGCUCGCUGAAGCUGGAAGGAGGGGAUCUGACCAGGCGUGGAUCGUCCAGAGGACCAGAUUCACCCCCUGUGAGCUUGGUACUAUCUCCAUCUUCACAUCAUGCACAGCAGCUGAGUAACCUCGCUAGGAGACUGGCUAACAGCAGCAACAACAGUGCAAACUCCAACUCUGCCUCACCCGCAUCUGUAGCAACUAUCAAGCAGGAGCCAUGUGACCCGUUUGGCCCCAGCAACGGCCCUAACUCAGGCAGCAGUGGCUUUGUAUGGGUGGGCAUGGCAGAUAAAUGGUCAUCUGCUGGUUGCUCAGCGCCCAGUGGCAGCAGCCUUUCGCCAGACUCGGCCAUCCAAAAGUUAAAGGCGGCAGCCAAUGCCGUGCUCCAGGACAAGAGCGCAGUGGCCUCCUCCACCUCUUCAUCCUCCUCUUCCUCCUCCUCCUCUUCAGUCAACUCUUCCUCCUCAAUGGCAGCCCUGGGUGCUCGCUCGGAUGAUGCUGUGCGAUUUGAAGCUUUCGCGUCACCCUUCAGUCCGCAGUCAGCCAGCUCCACUCUGGCUGCCCUCUCAAAGAAAGUAUCUGAGAGAAGUCAGCAGAAGGUGGGCUCAUCUGAGCAUCAGCCCUCAGCUGGAUCCUUUGUCUCACUGGUUUCCAUGACCUCCUCGGCGGCUCUUUUGAAGGAGGUGGCAGCACGAGCAGCAGGGAACCUUUUGGCUGAUAAGAAAGAGCCAUCUUUAGUAUUGGGAGCCUCCGAGGAUGUCAAGCCCCUGUUAGACAGGAAGCAGAAGGUGCCCACCCCAACCCAGACCAUGGACCUUCUGCUGCCAACAAUCCCCAAGGGAAGGGCCAAGCCCAGCAGUCAAGCAGGUUCUCCUGAGGAUGGUGGGAAACCGUUUCAGUGUCCUGUAUGCGGUCUGGUUAUCAAGAGAAAGAGCUACUGGAAGAGACAUAUGGUGAUCCACACAGGCUUGAAAAGCCAUCAGUGUUCCCUCUGUCCCUUUCGCUGUGCACGUAAAGACAAUCUCAAGUCCCACAUGAAGGUCCAUCAGCACCAGGACCGAGGGGAGACCUUCCAGUGUGAGCUCUGCCCCUUCACAUCCUCCCGCCACUUUAGCCUCAAGCUGCACAUGCGUUGCCAUCAGCACUUCCCUCGUCCCGACCUCAAAGUCAAAGAAGAGCCCGGCACAGACACAGAGGAGGGCGAGGGCCUGCUCAUGGGGGACGGUAGAGACAUUGCCGAUCAGGCCAUGAACACAGACGCUUCCACGUCUCCCAUUGUCAGCCAUCCGGAUGGUCAAAUACUGUCCUCCCCUGGAGAACAUUCGAGCCACGUCCAGAUCAAGGAGGAACCCCAUGAGAGGGAUGUGUCUGUGAUGUCCCCAUUCGUCCUCUGUAGGGAACGACCCAGCAGCAGCAGUUCUCUGGAUCUGUCUAGGCCCAAAUCCAGUCCGCCGGGCCCUGGACCUACAGUUGCCUCACUCUUCAGCACAGACAUUACCACCAAGACAGCUACGGACCUCCUCAUGAAGCUUUCGGCAGCGAACCAGAAGGAGGCCCUAAAGGGUCCAUUCUGUGUGAAGGAGGAGCCCCAGGCGGAAGAGCCCCUGAGCUCUCAGAGGGGCUACAGUUUCUGCCAAGAGGGGCCUCCAGGGGCCACCAAGCCACGAGAGGAGGGCAGUCCCAUGUUGGGCAAAAGCACCAUACUCAGCCAGGACAUCAACGUCAAAGUGGCCUCUGAACUGCUUAUGAAGCUUUCAGAGAAUAACAAAGAUACUUGCCUCCAGAAAGCCAUGGUGAAGGCAGAGCCUAUGGAAGUGGACCCGCCCACUGAAUUAGCCCCACCCUCUUCUCAUCUGCUAGGCUUCAGCACUUUAGGGGCACGUGAAAAGAAGGAACCAAUGGUCAACCUCCCAGAUCCUUUGCUCUGCCCUCAAAAUGACCUCUUCUCCCAGGACAUAUCAGUCAAAAUGGCCUCUGAGCUGCUUUUCAAACUCUCUGAGAAAGUAAGUAAAGCUCACGAAAACAAAGACAAUGCAUCUUUCGGUAUACACAGCCCUUUCGUAGAUGACCGCUUUAGACAAUCACCUUUUAGCACACUCUCCAAGAGCUCUUCCCCAGCUGAAGCCGGCUCUUCAAGCAGAGUUGCCCAGCAAGAUUCAGAGAAGUUGAGUGGAGAGCCAGGGAAUGGACUCACUCAGUGGAGACUCAACGAACAGCUCUUUCCCUGCCCUAUAUGCGGCAAAGUGUUUGGUCGCCAACAGACCCUCUCAAGACACCUGUCCCUACACACAGACGAGAGAAAGUAUAAAUGUCACCUGUGUCCAUACGCGGCUAAAUGCCAGGCUAACCUCAACCAGCACCUCACCAUCCACUCGGUCAAACUGGUGAACACAGAUGCCGAGCAGAUCGUUACCGCUGUGACCACCGAUGGCCAAGAGCUAAAAAACUGCCACUACUACUACAGCUGCCAUGUCUGCGGCUUUCAGACGGAGUUGAAUGCUCAGUUUGUCAGUCAUAUGUCUCUUCAUGUGGAUAAAGAGCAAUGGAUGUUCUCUCUCUGCUGUAACACCUGUGAGUAUGUGGGUGUGGACGAGGCCGAGAUGAAAGCUCACAUCAGUGCAGGGCACGCAGGUCUCAAUUCUAGAAGCCCUUUGAGUGAGACAAAGAGCACUUCCUCCUCUCUGUCGGCCCUUAGCGACUCCCUCAACAGCUCUGAAGGUGGAGAUAUUGCCCAAGGUAACGAAGAACUAAAAAACCUUUUGGCCCCUCCUUCUUCUACAGGCAGCCAAUCAAGCUCAGGCCCAGGAACAGAAGAAAAGGCCGAGAAAGGUUUUGAAUGUGUGUUCUGCAACUUUGUGUGUAAGACUCGGGCCAUGUAUGAGCGUCAUCUACAGAUUCACCUAAUCACGCGCAUGUUCGAGUGUGACGUCUGCCACAAGUUCAUGAAGACGCCCGAGCAGCUCUUGGAGCACAAGAAGUGCCACACCAUCCCCGCUGGAGGGCUCAAGCCAGCCGCUAUGGAGGGCCACCUCAAGACGCACUACAAGAUGGAGUACCGCUGCCGUAUCUGCCAAGCCGUGUGGGCCAAUCAGGCAGAGCUGGAAAGGCACAUGCGCGCCCAUCGCCUGGGCAACCACUACAAGUGCGAGCAGUGCGGCUACCUCUCCAAAACUGCCAACAAGCUCAUCGAGCAUGUGCGUGUGCACACCGGCGAGCGGCCUUUCCACUGCGACCGCUGCAGCUACAGCUGCAAACGCAAGGACAAUCUCAACCUCCACAAGCGGCUCAAACAUGCACCAAGACAGACCUUCGGUUGCGCUCAGUGCACGUUCACGACCACCCACCCGUUCGUCUUCAGCCGCCAUGUGAAAAAGCACCAAGGUGGGGAGGGGAGUGCCGAGGAAGGUGAGGCACAGCCCGGUACACCGCACCCAGGGUUUUUGGAGAGUGGUGAGGGUAGUAGUGGUAGCGGGGAAAGCGGCAGCACCAGUCCUCUGAUGAGCCUGUCUGCCUCUCAAGUCUUGCAGUCUGUCGCCCUCUCCAUCACCAGCAAGCAGCGAGAUGGCAUGCCGAGGCCACGCUACCUCACAGCCAACGGCACGUUCUCCACCCUAGCGGCUCGCUACUUGGAACAGUACAGAAACUAUGACCUGGCUCACCUCAUCCCCCUCACCACACUCUUUACCGCCCGACGCUUCACAUUCCACAGCCCAUUUCCCACAAACUCCUCGCCGCCCUUCUCCAAAGUCUGGUCCGACUCGUCCGCGCAGUCUCCACCCUCUCCCACGUCACUUAAACACUCCUUUAUGGCAUACCUAGGACUGACAGAGAGCGCGAAGACCAUUUGACCAGAUUUCGUCACCCUUCAUUUCCCCAAACAUUAAAGGGAUAGUUCACCCAAAAAUGAAAAUUCUUUCAUAAUUUACUCACCCUCAUGUUGUUUCAAUCCAAUACGACUUACUUUCUUUCAUGGAACACAAAAGGAAACGUUAGGAAGGAUGUGAGCCUUAUUAAUUUUCAUUGCAGAUUUUAUAACCUUUAGUGUUCCACAGAAGAAAGUAAGUCAUUUGGGUCUGGAACAAUAUGAGGAAGAGUGAAUGGUGACAAAAUUUUCAUUAAUGGGUGAACUAUCCCUUUAAUAACUGUUCCAUAGGCAGGCUGAAAUUCUACCCUAAAAAGUAGAAAUUAUAGUAAAAGAUCCAUUUAUCAGAGGAAUGAUUUUGUUUUCUGUUCUAUUAUUUCUCUUUUUUAAGAGGUCUAAUAACAAUUAUUUGCUUUCCUCUGUCAAUAGUGAAUUACCCGGAAUCUGAUAAGAGUGCUUUAUCCAAGUUUUAUAUUCAUUUUGAUGGGAGAAAGGAAAUUAAGAACAUAUAUAUGCUUGCAAGCUCUAAGCUUUUUUUUUUUUUGGUGCAUUUUGUCGUUUGCCAGGAAUCAGGCAGCAUGUACACUAUGUGUUGAAAUUGUUUUUUGAAGUCAUUUAGGGGCUCAGUAUGAAAUAUCUUGAUAUAUACAGUAUGGCACGACAAAAACCAAUGAAACAGAUUGCUGUCUCUUUCAUUGUCUUGUUUCCAAAACAAAGGCUCAGACCAUGCACUUCUUAAUUUAUCAGACUGUACAUAGUUUUGUAGUCUUUCUUUUCUUGACUGGUUUUGCUGAAUGGUGAGACCAUGGCAAAACUUUAUUCUUGCUUCAGCAACAAGCAUAAGGCCCUUUACGAGACCUACGAGGCACAGCUCAUAGCAUUUCUUAAUACAAGCCAUUUGGGGCAUGCUAAUGGCAAAAGCAAUCAUUACCACUAGCACAGUGGUCGUCAGCCCAUGAUGCAGCCUCAAAACGUUCACCAUCCGCGCCGUACUAUUGGUCAGUACAGAUUGUGCCAUAGCUGACUGAGGUGGGCUGGCCAUAGGCAUGAGAAAAGAUGAGUGACCAGUCAAGCACCCUGUGCAUAGCUAUCAUAUAUAAUGCGCACCUGUAUGUUUUAACAAGAUGUAUGAUGUGACAGGUUUUUGGGGGAAACCCCCUUUUAUUCUGUCACAAAGGCCGAUUCAAUGGUGCUUUUUGGAGCUUUUUGUAAUUUUGUGUGUAAAAAAAACUGUUCCAAAAUGACUUGAAUGAAUGUACUUUUUGUUGUUUAAUGUUCAAGUGAUACAGAGGUAGCUGGACUGUGCUAAGUGAGAACAUGGAAAAACAAUGGUAUCUCGGUGGCCUUCUGUGUCUUAAAGUUUUUGUUCUUCUAGUUGUUUUUUGUUUUUUUUGAAAGAGCCUUUGAAAUGUAAAAUACAAAUAUAUAUAUAUAAAAUAUAUAUAUAUCCUGUACUAACAAGCUAUUAUGAGAACCCCAUUGGAAAAUGGCUCUCAAGUGCAAUGUGGAGGCAGCCAUUAUUUUGAGUUGGAUUUGUGGAAGCAUGGCUUUCCAUAAGCGGGCAAACAUGGUACCAAAAUUCUAUGUUCCCCUCUCCAUUUUUUUUUUAAUUGCACUUAAUAAUUUGUAUAAAUUUUGAAAUGUUACAAGAAAAGCACUUAGACCCAAUAGAAAAUGUUCUUAAUGCCAAUUUUUUUUUCUUUGUCUGCCAGAAUGGUUGGAAAUACAAAUUUGAAGCCUCUUCCUUUAGUUUUUUUGCCAAACAGCAGUGCUUAACUGUUAAGAUAGAUAUAAGAUAUUAUGGCUUGUGUAAUAUGGACAGCUGAGGUAAAAAUCCCCCCUGGCACCAAAGGGCCAGGCUAAAUUUUUAACAGUGGUUUUGCACAGUGCUGUAAAAAUUGCACUUUUCCAAACAUGAGAAGUAUCAGAAGACAAUUAUAUUCAAUGCUCUGUAAUUGAAAAGCAUUAAUAGAAUGUUGGCUAAGAAUACAAUAUAAAACGGUUAAAACAUAACAUUAGUAGUAAAGGAUGGAGUUGAUUUGAAUAGCACUUUUUCGUGAUUUUCUUUAAGUAUUUAGAAAAGUAGUACACUUUUUAAAUUGGUGCAAAAAGAGUACGGUCUACUUUAGUGACCAAGCGCCAAUCAGCUGUUGCCCUUAAUCUCAAAAUGGCCAAAUAUAGACCGAUUAAUAUAUCAGUCUAUAUACACCUGCCCAUUAUUCAUGUAAACGUGCAAUUGCAAAGAUUUAGUCUCUAUCAGAAUCUAAAUAUGUUUUAUUGAUUGACAAUAGAUGCAUUUUAACUAAGCUGUCAUCCUUUACCUCUUUAUUAAUAAUUUGAAUGUUGUCCAUCAUAGAUGUACAAUGCUCUUCCGCUCUCAUUCAUAGCGCCUCAAAACAUUGCCUGUUAAGACAAAAACCACAUUAGGGGACAAAAGGUUUCCCUAUGCAGCUGAGCUUAGACUUUUAAAGAGAAAGCAGUAGAAGCAUUACUUUUAUAGGUCAACCUUAACCGCUAAGAAAUAAUUCUUCACUCCCUAUUAAGUUUAUUCUCCUCUAACUUGCACAUUGACAGGAUUUGGAUGAAAAUAUAUCUAUUUAUGGCAAGAUUUUGGCCAUUAAAAGAUGGCCCCACACAAUAUCCUUGUUUUAUACUUAUUCAUAUAUUUUCUGCUGUCACCAUAUUGUUCCCUUUUCUUCAUGUAAAUGCCCAGCAUGCGGUCUAGUGGUAUGUUUGCUUGUUAAUAAAGCUACUGCUCAACCCAUUAUCUUUUAUACUCUAGUGCCACUUGGUGGAAAGGAGUGGCCCGAGAGCCUGAGAUUAAGUGAAACUGAUUCUCAGGACCAAUUUUGCUAGAAUGAAUUUUAAAUGAAAUGUCCAUUUGGGCAACAUCCUUUUGUCUGUCUGCCUUGGAACACCAUGUAAUCAUCAUGUAAAAGAACAUGGCUGCUGCUCUUUCAUGCUCAGUUGUGUCGGCAAGAGGAGUGCAAAAGGGAUAACUCCCUGUUCCAAUACCAGUGUUUAUAAAAACCUAAUAUUCAGCGUUCUGUUUGCCUAACUGCAAAGAGCAGUGAUUUUGGUUUCAGCAUCAUUGCGCAUCACAAGACUGACAACCUUUUUAGCACUUCAAAAGAUGCAUGAAAUUGCUCUUGAUCUCUAGUUUGUAGCACUUACGUUUUUUUGGGGGGGGGGGUGGGGGGUCAGAAAAAAAAGGCUGACUUGUUUUGCAUUUAGCUUUGCGGGUUAUUCUGCACAAUCUGUUUGCUUUAUCUCUUGCUGUACUCUACAACUCAAUAAGGCUCAAGUAUCAUUUUGAUUCUUUCUUAUUUGGCACCCAGUAAACUUAUGUGCUGUAUAAAGCUUUUUUUAUUACUUCAUUCUUAAGGCUGUACAGGGUUGUUUGUGACAAUAACUGGUAAUUAGAUCAUUUGUACCUUUUAUUUUGUUUUGUAUUUUGUUUUUCCUGGUUUUCAUUUCUUUAUGUUCCAAUUGCCAGUUCUAAAUGUAACAGGAUUUGAAAGUAAAGCUUACAUAACAUAUUACCUUAACUGUCUUGUCCAUUUUAUCAAAGCAUGUUCAAAUUUGAUGUCCUAAACUUUUGGAACCCGCAUUUGUUUUUUUUUUGGGGGGGGGGGGGGACAAGCUCAGUUAUAUUGUUAAGAAUAUAUGAGGAUGCAGGGAAUGAUGGCAGUCGGCAGCUAUGCAGGUAGGCCGGGGUUUGCCAUAAAGAUCAUUUAGAGGACUACUACCCUUUUGGUUUCAUUGCCCAUGUAACUACAGUCUUGCACUUGGUAAAAAUAUUUAUCCCCUUGUUGGUCCACACUACCCCAUAACUUCAUGUUUUGGGUGUACAGUGGCAAGGAAAGUAUGUGAACCCUUUGGAAUUAGCUGGUAUUUGGAUAAUUCUGCAUUAAUUGGUGAUAAAAUGUGAUCUCAUCUUCAUCAAAGUCACAAUUAUAGACAAACACAAUGUGCUUAAGAUAACAACAGAUAAACAGUUAUAAUAUUUUAUGUCUUUAUUGAUCACAUCCCAUUAAACAUUCACAGUGAAGUGGAAAAAGUAAGUAAACCCUUGGAUUUAAUAACUGAUCGAUCCUCAUUUGGCAUCAAUGUCUUCAACCAAAUAUUUCUGGUAGCUGCGGAUUAGGACCACUUUUCCUUACAGAACUGCUUCAGCUCAGCCAUAUUCUUAGGAUGUCUGGUGUGAAUGGCUCUCUUGAGGUCAUUCAACAGCAUCUCUAUUGGGUUAAGGUCUGUACUCUGACUCUACUCCAAAAGGUAGAUUUUCUGUUUUUUGAAGCAGUUUUUAUUGGAUUUACUUCAAUGUUUAGGGUCAUUGUCCUGCUGUGUCUUAUACUUAUACGCCAACUUAUACUGAGCUUUACAUUUUCUGCACUGAUUUGUGGGCUAAAUCUUUGGAAUUCUGCAGAACAUUUUUAAACGUAAAAAUUAGGGCUGUCACGUUUUUUCAGUGUGACUAUUUAUAUAUAAAAAAAAGAUAUUAAUCGU